AUGGUCAAGAAGGAUGUCAAGGCAUGGGUGAUUAAGACAGAACGGGAGCUUUCAAUGGGCUACAAGAAUGCUAAGGAGGUUGCAUUUCUACUAUUGCUGGCUGUGUACUUUGGGGACAAACAACAGGGGCUCUUGAAGGUUUUUGAGCCAUCGAUGGAGUGGGAACCGAAGAACGUUGGACACAGUAGUGACACUGAAGAUGGAAGAGACGCUGGAACAGGAGCUUCCAACACUGACAAGAUGUGGUGUUGUGCCAACGAAAGCGUGGUGCAGGAAGAGCCAGAACGGAAGCACACCAUCGCCAAGAACCCCAAGUGCGAAGUGUGCGACAAGGUUUUGAACAGCCACGCGAGGCUCCAACGUCAUCUAGCGACACAUGCCGAGAAAAAGUCGCAUGUCUGUCAGUGCUGCUCGGCGACUUCCACGCGAAAAUGCAGCGUCUAUAAGCACUUCUUCACUCACACCAGAGAAAAACGCCACGGCUGUCCUACAUGUGGCAAAAUGUUCGCCAGUAAAUGGAUUGUUAUUCGCCACCUCCGCGUACACACGGGCGAAAAGCCAUUCUCAUGUGACUCGUGUCCCGCCAAGUUCUCCCUGAAGCAAACGUUGGCCAGACACCAGCUUACACACUCCGGGAAAAAGCCCUGGCAGUGCGACCUGUGCCAGAAGACGUUCAAACACAAGUUCGACCUGAGGCGCCACUCACGGGUGCAUACCGGCGAGCGACCGUACGAAUGCAACCUCUGUCCAGCCACAUUUUACAGCAAGUCCUGCGUAAAUAGACACAUGCGGACGCACACCGGAGAAAAGCCCUACGAGUGUGGCGUGUGCGGCUUGAGAUUUCGGGAGAAAGAACGCGCCAAGGCUCACCUUACCAGAAGCCAUGGCCAUCUAAGAGCUCGUGCGGGUGGCGUUGCCCACGAGGAUCCUCUCAUUACGGAGGUGAAACCUGAAGGGGCCGUCGGAAAGCUUCAACGGGUGGAGCCCGGAAAGAAGGGGACUGCGCAAGCCAAGAGAUCUUCGCGUUAA